AUGGAAAGCUUAAAAACACCUUUGGAAGGUGUUAAAAAAGACCUUCAAGGAAGAGCGGAGUUCUAUAAAGAUGAUUGGACAAGUGGUCUUUAUGCUGGAACUGCAAUAUUGGCCCCAACUACCUAUAUUUUCUUUGCUUCUGCUCUUCCAGUCAUUGCCUUUGGCGAGCAGCUAAGUAGAGACACAGAUGGAAGCUUGAGCACUGUAGAAACGCUGGCUUCUACAGCUAUUUGUGGAAUCAUACACUCGAUUUUGGGUGGCCAGACUCUCUUAAUCGUAGGAGUUGCUGAACCCACUAUCAUUAUGUACACCUAUUUGUACAACUUCGCCAAAGAUAAGGAUUCCUUGGGACGAGAUCUCUUUUUAGCUUGGGCAGGAUGGGUCUGUGUAUGGACUGCUCUCUUGUUGUUUCUUCUAGCAAUAUUCAAUGCUGGAAAUAUCAUCAAUAGAUUUACAAGGAUCGCGGGUGAGCUUUUUGGCAUGUUGAUCACAGUCUUGUUCAUUCAAGAGGCUAUAAAGGGAAUUGUAAGUGAGUUUAAUGUUCCUAAAGAGGGAGACCCAACAUUGGAAAAGUACCAUUUUAAUUGGCUGUAUGCAAAUGGAUUGAUGGGCAUUAUAUUCACCUUUGGCCUUCUCUAUACAUCUUUAAAGAGCAGAAGAGCAAGGUCAUGGUUAUAUGGCACAGGAUGGUUUAGAAGUUUUGUUGCAGACUAUGGGGUACCUUUCAUGGUGGUGGUGUGGACAGCACUAUCAUUCACAGUACCGAGUAAAGUGCCUUCUGGAAUUCCCAGAAGGCUCACCUCUCCUCUUGUUUGGGAGUCUACAACUUUAUAUCAUUGGACAGUAAUUAAAGAUAUGGGGAAGGUUUCCCCGUCAUAUAUUUUUGCUGCUUUUAUUCCCGCAAUAAUGAUAGCGGGACUUUACUUCUUUGACCAUAGUGUUGCUUCCCAGAUGGGACAACAAAAGGAAUUCAAUCUCAAUAAACCUUCUGCAUACCACUAUGACAUAUUGUUGCUAGGACUAACGACCUUGCUUUGUGGAUUGAUUGGCUUACCUCCUUCAAAUGGAGUUCUUCCUCAAUCUCCUAUGCACACUAAGAGUCUGGCUGCUCUCAAGAAACAGAUGAUCCAAAAAAAGAUGGUUAAAAGUGCCAAGGAAAGCAUAGAUCUUAAAGCUAGCAAUUCUGAAAUUUAUGGAAAGAUGCAAGCAGUAUUUAUAGAAAUGGAUAAGUGUUCAGAUAAACAUUUAGUGGACAAAGAACUAGAGGAUUUGAAAGAGGUUGUCUUAAACGGGGAAGAUAAAGGACAUGACAAAAAGAGUAAGUUUGAUCCUGAAAAACACAUUGAAGCAUAUUUGCCCGUAAGAGUAAAGGAGCAGAGAGUGAGCAAUCUCUUACAAUCAAUCUUUGUUGGAGCANAUAUAUAUAUAUGA